AAGAAGAAACAAAUUGCGUCACAAUUCAAAACAAUACUGGAAGUUCCGGCUGUAUCGCGCUGUGUCCGCAUGAAGAUGUCUCAAAACAGCUCCGUCAAAGACGACCAAGCGUCAGGUAACAAAAAGACUAUCUCCCUGCCGAUAUCGAGGGUGAGGCUGAUCAUGAAGAGCUCCCCCGAUGUCUCCAGCAUCAACCAAGACGCCCUGUUCCUCACCACCAAAGCCACAGAGCUGUUUGUGCAACAUCUAGCUCUGUCCUCCUUCAACAACGGCUCCGGGAAGGACACCAAUACUCUGUCAUACAGCGACCUGGCGAACACCGCGCAGGAGACGGAGACUUUCCACUUCCUCACAGAUAUUCUGCCUAAGAAGAUCUUGGCUCGAGAUUACCUCAGUUCUUUGGAGCAAAUGCAAGAAGAAGAAGAAGCUGAUUACUGAAACAGAAGGAUGGACCACAUUUCCCAUCUGGACAGAUGUUAUCACAUCUUCUUGUCCAGCCUGUCACUGAAAGCAAAGUGACCGUCAGAAAAGACACUUUGAACUCUCUGAGUUCAUCUUUAGGGCUUUUGUAAAAAAGUUAGAGGAUGUGGAACUGAAAGCGAGUCCACUCGAGAUUAAUGUGAAAUCAAGUAAAGACUCAGAGAUCAAAUUUAAAAACAAAGAACACAGAUUCUUAGAAAGGAGUAGAAGUCAAACCUUGCAUCUGUUAUAAGUAGUUGAUGCCACCAAACUAAAUUUGCAACAGUAAAUGUAGUUCAGUGACCCUUUUCUGCAGAAUUGAUUUCCUCUACAAAGACAUAUUUUUUGUGGGCUACUAAUAAAUGAUGCAAACAGGAGUUCAGAAUGAGUUUGCAUUUAAGCAUACUUAAAACUAUUUAUGGAGAUUUUCUGGUAGCACUGACUUAAAUUUGUAUGCUUGAUUGGCAUGCACCAUUGUCAGAAAUGUUUUUGCAUGACGGGCCAGUGCAGACUCACUUCACGUGAGAAGCCGAGACACGGAAAUCCAGUCCACACAGCUGGAGUGCAGAUGUGUCAGUUCCUGAGUUACUGUUUGCUUUAAAAAAUGAUUGAGUGAAAACUUUAUUUUAAAGGUGCUGUGAAACAUUGAUUUCAAACUCAAAUGUGCUGAUUUGACAGAUUUUUCAGUUAUAGAUGAGACUGCUUUUUGUUAACCUUAUAUUCAUGUUUUGAGCUGAUCAUCAAAAGUUGCUCAAACUGAUCAAAAGUACAGAUACUGUUUUUUUUCCCCCCAUUAUAGCUACAAAGUGUCUGAACAUGCGCAGAAGUUCAAAAUAAAAUCUCAGACUCUAAAAGAUGUAAAUAUUUAAAGUGUUUCAGCUUAGAUGGCGUACACCCUUGUGUAUUUACACAUUUGUGGUUUAGAUUUGAUAUUAAAACAAAGAUUCAUGCUGUCUGGUAUUCAUUUUGCACUGAGUGUUGUUUUUUU